AUAGUUGAACCAUGUCCAUAGAUAACAUGUCAAAAUAAUCAAACAUCAAAAAAGCGGUUACCUGAAGAAUGGAUAAAAUUAGUAUUUGAAUAUGAUAGUCCGAUUGUUGCAAAAUAAAUAUGGGUUACAGGCUCGAUUGUUGCAGGGUAAAUGUACCCUUCAGAGUCAUUCACAAGCCUUUUAUAGGAACAAAACUCGUGCAUUUGUAUGUUCAAAUGUUUGCAACAUAAGAAGGUACCCUAAAUUGCUAAAGGUAGAUUCGCAAAAUAUCUGUCGGCGAAUGUUUUAUUCUUUGUUUAAAAGACCCACCAUGGAAGAAUUACAAUUAAGUGACAAGGUUCCUGAACAGUUUGUAUUAAUUUACAAUAAUAGAAUGAAGAAUUACUUAUUAUAUGGACACUUCACUAUAUACUUGUGUAUCGCAAUGUUUAUAAUAGUUGUUUUACUGAAAAAUGGCUCAAGUUUUAAAAGUGACAACAAAGCAGGAAGUACAAGCAAACUUUUUGAACAAGACCAGCUUAUCUUUUUAUCAGCAUUAAUUACUUUCGCUGUUAUAGUACAAUCCCUAAUUUUACGAAUGCCAGUUAGGAUUUACAAUAAUCCCAAAACAAACCAUUAUGCGUUUAUUUAUUAUGGAUUAAUUCCAAACAAUAAGAGAAAAUUAUUUUGUAAACUUUCAGAUAUAAUAAAACAAGAAGAAAAAGGACUGUUACCCUGGAAAGAUUCUCGAUUUAUAAUUAAAGAAAGAGACAAUGUUAUUUUAAUUCAUGAGUUUUUUCGUACACCUUCAGAUUUAAACAUAAUAUUAGGAUAUGAGAAGCCACCCAAUGAACAGUAGAUCUAAAUUAUUAAACCAGUAAUUAGGGAAUUAGGUGGCAAUUUCAAAUAUUACAGAUCCUAAUAACUGUUUAUAAUUGUGGUUGAUAAAAUUGUUAAAGUAGUGUUCUAAAUAAACUACACUGAUAUAAAAAUUUG